AUGUUGUUUCUUCUUGUCAUAGAUUCUUUUCUCAGAUAUGCCUUUAGAGGUUUGCUUCCUUCAACUAUUCCUCGUCCGAGGAAAGCAUAUCUAUCAAGAUCUUUAAUUUCUCAUCUCAAUUAUGGAGGGGUCCCGGAGGAAUAUUUUCUGAAACUUCUAAUGAAUGCUUUAGAGGAUUCUCAAAACAUUCUCUCUAAUAAACGUUCUGCAUUAAGAGUUGCUAUUAAUUAUGGAGACAUGGAUGACUUGCUUGCAGCAAGGAUGAUUCUAUGUGGAAUUCCCCUAGAUGAACCUUAUUUACAAUGCCAUUUACCAGUGCUAGCAAAAGAAGAAAAGAAAGGGCUCAAGGGAGGAAAGCUUCCUAUUAGUGAAUGCUUUAAUUUGAUGGGAACAGCCGAUCCAACUGGAACUCUUAAGAGGGAUGAAGUUUGUGUCAUUCUUGACAGUGGGCAAAUUUCGGGGAAGGUAUUGGUUUACAGGCACCCUGGCCUCCACUUAGGAGAUAUACAUGUCUUAACUGCCACUUAUGUUAAGGAGUUGGAAAACAUAGUUGGGAAUUCCAAAUAUGGUAUUUUCUUUUCUAUCAAAGGACCAAGGUCCCUGGCAGAUGAAAUGGCAAGUGGUGAUUUUGAUGGUGACAUGUAUUGGGUGUCAAGAAACCCUGAGCUACUACGCUAUUUCAAACCAAGUGAACCUUGGGAAGGGACUCACUCAGCAAAAGGCACAUGUAUCCCCAAACCAACUGAUUUUUCUCCCGAGGAAUUGGAGAGAGAGCUUUUUAAGCAAUUCUUAUCUAUUAGGUUUCAACCAAGUCAUACUGCUGGUAUAGCAUCAGACAGCUGGUUUUCUUUUAUGGAUCGUCUGCUGGUUUUAGGAGAUGAAUGUGCCGAGGAAAAAGAAUGUCUGAAGAAGAAGAUGUGUCAGCUGACUGACAUAUAUUAUGAUGCCUUGGAUGCACCGAAGACCGGAAUUGAGGUGGAAAUCCCAAAUGAAUUGAAGGCUUCAAAAUUUCCACAUUUCAUGGAAAAAACAAACGGGUAUACUUCAACUUCGAUAUUGGGGUUGAUUUAUAACAAGGUUGAUUUGUUACAAACUGAAGGUCUUCCAUCAACAGGAGUAUGGAAGCUUGCAUGUUUUGAUGUUGAAGUUCCUCCAGACUGCUUGGGUAAAUGGGACAGACUUUAUCGGCAAUAUAGAAUUGAUAUGUGUAAUGCCUUGAAGAAUAACAAAAGUCGGUCUGAAUCAAAUCAGAAGAAGCAAAGCUCCAAAUGCGAACCUGCGAAUGAGGUUAUAGAAAAAUAUAAGAAGGAAUUAUAUGAUGCUCCAGAAUUCAGAUUGAGUGGAAGGAAUGAGGAAGACAUCUUUAAUGAUGCCCUUGCUAUUUAUCAUCAUGCAUAUGAGUAUGCAAAGCAAGUAAAUGAUGCUGGUAAGUGUAGAUUUGCAUGGAAAAUUGCUGGUCAAGCUCUUUGUAAGCUUUACUUGAAAAAGAAGAAUGAUGAACCAAUUAUGUGUUCAAAAUCUAUUCUAUCGGAGGUCUUGAACUAGCCCAUAUUCUUAUCACAUCAAAAUUGUACAUAUGAAUAUCUCAUCUAAUUGGAGGAAUAGUUUUCCUUUCUUUCAAUAUUGUUUUAGGGACAAUAUGAAUUAGUAUUUUGUGUUAAACUUAAAAACUCGUGAAGUAAAAAUUGAGGGGUAGCCAUGGAUGCUGUA